CAUCCCUAUCAAACAGCUGAUUUCACUUGUUGUUCGGCCAGGCCAUCCGCUAUUUGUUUUGAAGUUGGAUAAUUUUGUUUUUAAUAGAAGGAGGCAUGUUGGACAAAGUAAAAAACGUAAUCGUAGUGCUGUCCGGAAAAGGAGGCGUUGGCAAGUCCACCGUCAGCACACAACUGGCUUUGGCCUUGCGUCAAACUGGCCACAAGGUCGGCUUGCUGGACAUAGAUCUAUGUGGGCCCAGUGUGCCGUAUCUGCUGGGACUGGAGGGCAGCGACAUAUUCCAAUGCGACGAGGGGUGGGUUCCUAUUUACACGGACGAGAGCCAAACCCUGGCCGUGAUGUCCAUUGGAUUUCUGCUGAAGAACCGUACUGAUCCGGUAAUUUGGCGUGGUCCUAAGAAGACCAUGAUGAUCAAGCAGUUCCUCACCGAUGUGAAGUGGGAUGAGUUGGAUUACCUGAUCAUCGACACUCCUCCGGGGACAUCGGAUGAGCACAUCACCGUGAUGGAGUGCCUCAGAGAGGUUCCCUGCAACGGAGCUAUCAUUGUGACCACACCACAAGGUGUUGCCCUGGAUGAUGUACGGAAAGAGAUAACGUUUUGCAAGAAAACGGGCAUUAAACUGCUAGGCAUUGUUGAGAACAUGAGUGGAUUCGUAUGCCCGCAUUGCACUUCCUGCACCAAUAUUUUCUCUUCAAAUGGUGGGGUAGAGUUGGCUAAGUAUGCCCAGAUACCACAUCUCGGCACCCUGCCCAUCGAUCCUCGUGUGGGAGUCCUGGCUGGCACCACUGCUUCUGUUUUGGACGAGCUGCCGGAUUCCACUACAGCUGAAGUGCUGCGAGGACUGGUGCAGCACUUGGACGGAUUAACUCUAACCGCCUAAA